AUGGAUGUUUUAAAGCAGCUUAUUGAAGAAGAUCCUCGAUUGACUACGCGGUGUUUAGCAGAGCAACUUGGGUGCUCCCAUAUUACAGUGGAAACGCAUCUGCAUGAAUUAGGCAAAACGUGGAAAUACGGAGUUUUGAUACCACAUGAGUUGUCACCGCAUCAGCUGCAACACAGAGUUGACUCUUGCAUGGAAUUAAUGACAUCCCAUCGCAACUACCAAUGGCUCCGCAAUCUUAUUAUUGGUGAUGAGAAGUGGGUGUUGUACAUUAACUACACGCACAAACGACAGUGGCUGAGCGCUGGUCAAACAGGUGCAGCAACGUCUAAGACUGAUCCGCACUCUAAGAAGGUGAUGCUCAGCGUAUGGUGGGGAGUUAAAGGAAUUAUUCGUUGGGAACUUCUUCCAAAUGGUUACACCAUCACUGCUGAUUUGUACUGUCAACAAUUAGAUCGGCUUGCACAAAAACUCAAGGGAAAGCAAGAUCGAAUUUACUUCUUGCAUGACAACGCGAGACCUCAUGUUGCGAAGUCGACGCGUCAAAAAUUAUUGGAGCUCGGAUGGGUCACUAUUCCACAUCCACCUUAUUCUCCGGACUCGGCUCCUACAGACUACCAUUUAUUUCGUUCUCUGUCUAAUCAUUUACGCGAGAAAAAAUUCGACGACGAGAACGACCUCAAAAUGGACCUCCUCAACUUCUUUGGCCAAAAGUCCCAGGACUUCUACGAACGCGGGAUCCUUUCUCUACCAUAG